AGUCUCCAGUAUCCAGCUGUGUGUCUGUGAGGAGUGACUGGUCCAAAAACAGACCUCCAGAAUUCAGUCAUGGACCUGCACCAACAAUGGUCUUCCAUCAUGGAGCUCAGCUGACCAUGGGUCAGAGGUCACAGUCUCCAGUAUCCAGCUGUGUGUCUGUGAGGAGUGACUGGUCCAAAAACAGACCUCCAGAAUUCAGUCAUGGACCUGCACCAACAAUGGUCUUCAAUCAUGGAGCUCAGCUGACCAUGGGUCAGAGGUCACAGUCUCCAGUAUCCAGCUGUGUGUCUGUGAGGAGUGACUGGUCCAAAAACAGACCUCCUACCUUCAGUCAUGAACCUGCACCAACAAUGGUCUUCAAUCAUGGAGCUCAGCUGACCAUAGGGAGGAAGAGGAAGAGGAGUGGUGUUUGUGAGGAGGAGCAGCCAUCCUGCUGUGCUUUGUGUCAGGACGUCCUGAAGGAUCCAGUCCCUACCAGUUGUGGACACUGGUUCUGCAGACAGUGCAUCUCCUCAUACUGGGACCAGUCUGCUUCAUCAGCAGACUCCUCCUGUCCCCAGUGUGGAGAAAGAACCAGAGUUGGACUGCAGACGGCCAGUCAGAGCAGCUGUGUACAAACAGAUGUUGGUCUGCAGGAGGUUUUAGAUGAACAUAAGAUCAGUCUGAGGAGGAGAUGUGAAAGUGUGACUGAAGGAAGUGAUGAAACAGGAAGUAGAACCCUCCUCAACAGGAUCUACACUGAGCUCUACAUCACAGAGGGACAGAGUGAAGAGGUUCAUAUCCAACACGAGGUGAGGCAGCUGGAGACAGCUUCCAAGAUGGACGCCCUCCAUGACACUCCAAUCAGGUGCCAGGACAUCUUUAAAGCCUUCCCUGACCAACAGAGAUCCAUCAGAGUGGUUCUGACCAACGGCGUCGCUGGUGUUGGAAAAACCUUCUCAGUGCAGAAGUUCACUCUGGACUGGGCAGAGGGCUUGGAGAACCAACACAUCAGUGUGGUGGUUCUGCUUUCAUUCAGGGAGCUGAACUUGGUCAGAGAUGAGCAGUACAGUCUCCUGGAGCUGAUCCAUGUUUUCUAUCCAACAUUACAGAGCGUCACAGCAGAGCAGCUCACUGUGUGUAAUCUUUUGUUCAUCUUUGACGGCCUGGAUGAAAGCAGACUUUUGUUGGAUUUCACCAACAUGAAGCUUUUGUCUGAUGUCACACAGAAGUCAUCAGUCAGUGAGCUGCUGACAAAUCUCAUCCAGGGGAAUCUGCUUCCCUCGGCUCUCCUCUGGAUAACUUCCCGACCUGCAGCAGCCAGUCGAAUCCCUCCUACAUGUGUUGACAGGCUAACAGAAGUACGAGGCUUCACUGACGCCCAGAAGGAGGAGUACUUCAGGAGGAGAUUCAGUGAUGAAGAGCUGUCCAGCAGAAUCAUCUCCCACAUGAAGACAUCCAGGAGCCUCCACAUCAUGUGUAGUAUCCCAGUCUUCUGCUGGAUCACUGCUACAGUUCUGGAGCACAUGUUGACUACAGAGGAGAAAGCAGAGCUGCCCAAGACCCUGACUGACAUGUACUCACACUUCCUGCUGGUUCAGACAAAGAGGAAGAAGAACAAGUACCAAGAGGGACAUGAGACGAGUCCACAGGAGCUGAUGGAGGCUGUCAGGGAAGUUCUUCUGAAGCUGGGGAGGCUGGCGUUUGAACAUCUAGAGAAAGGAAACAUCCUGUUCUACCAAGAAGACUUGGAGCAGUGUGGUCUGGAUGUCACAGAGGCCUCGGUGUACUCAGGAGUUUGUACAGAGAUCUUCAAAAGAGAGUCUGUGAUCUUCCAGAAACCAGUUUACUGCUUUGUUCAUCUGAGCAUUCAGGAGUUUCUGGCUGCAGUCUACAUGUUCCACUGUUUCACCAACAGGAAGUCAAAGGUGCUGAAGGACUUCCUGGGAACAACAUGCAAGAAGUCGUCUCUGGAUGAUUUUCUCAAGCUAAUCAUAAAGAAAUCCCUCCAGAGUAAAAAUGGCCUCCUGGACCUGUUUGUUCGCUUCCUUCAUGGCCUCUGUCUGGAGUCCAACCAGAGACUCUUAGGAAGUCUGCUGGGUCAGACAGAGAACAGUCCAGAAACCAUCCAGACAGUCAUCAACAACCUGAAGGAGAUCAACAGUGAUAAAAUCUCUCCUGAGAGAAGCAUCAACAUCUUCCACUGUCUGAUGGAGAUGAACGACCUCUCAUUAUUUCAGGAGAUCCAAGAGUUCCUGAAGUCAGAGAACAGAUCAGAGAAACUCUCUGAGAUCCACUGCUCAGCUCUGGCCUUCAUGCUGCAGAUGUCAGAGGAGGUUCUGGAUGAGUUUGACCUGCAGAAGUACAACACAUCACCAGAGGGACGACGUCGACUGACUGCAGCUGUGAGGAACUGCAGAAAGGCUCGACUGAUUAACUGUGGACUCUCAGAGACUCACUGUGAAGUUGUGGCCUCAGCCCUGAAGUCCAACCCCUCCCAUCUGACAGAGCUGGACAUGAGUCAGAACAACCUGCAGGAUUCAGCAGUGAAGCUUCUGUGUGCUGGACUGGAGAGUCCAAACUGUCGACUGGAGACUCUGAGAUUGAAGGACUGUGGUUUGUCAGAGAUCAGCUGUGAUUAUCUGGCAGCAGCGCUGAAGUCCAACCCCUCCCAUCUGAGAGAGCUGGACCUGAGUAAUGGCUCCCAGUUGUCAACUAACAGCAACAAGCUGCAGGAUUCAGGAGUGAAGCCUCUGUGUGGUUUCCUGGAGAGUCCAGGAUGUGGACUUAAAACUCUGAGAUUGAGGGCCUGUGGUUUGUCAGAGAUCAGCUGUGAUUAUCUGGCAGCAGCGCUGAAGUCCAACCCCUCCCAUCUGAGACAGCUGGACCUGAGUAGUGACUCCUCCCGGUGGUCGACUGACGACAACAACCUGAAGGAUUCAGGAGUGAAGCAUCUGUGUGGUUUCCUGGAGAGUCCAGGAUGUAAACUUGAAACUCUGAGAUUGUACCGCUGUGGUUUGUCAAAGAUCAGCUGUGAUUAUCUGGCAGCAGCACUGAAGUCCAACCCCUCCCAUCUGAGAGAGCUGGACCUGAGGUGGAACAACUUCUGAAGGAUCCAGAUGUGAAGCAGCUGUCUGAUCUUAAGGAGAGUCCAGACUACAGACUGGAGACUCUGGUGUGGUGGUGAUGAUGGUAAACAGGACGGUGUGUGCUGAGAGAGGAGGAGCUGUGUCCUGAUGAUCCAGAGAGGUUGAAGCUGUUAACUCAAAAUACACGACGACGUAGUCUCAUUCCAAAAGCUUUAUUCCAUCCGCCAUUUUUCCACAGCACUAACAACAACACUUCGCGGGCAAAACGGUACUCUCGCGAU